CAACUUCUUCGUCGAGCACUCAGCCUGCCACCGUUGGAACUACUGCCUCGGCAACCAUCUCGAGUACUACACCCACUUCGUCUCAGUUCACUCGACCGACGCACACCCAGACUUACUCUUCAUCCAGCACAACCUCGAUUGUCUCACAGCAAUCUUCGCCGGCUCUCAACCACAGCCAACCGCCUGCUAGCCCAUCACAGACCUUCCGUCCACCACCUACUCAUACCUACUCGACAUCAAGCACGGCCCCCACGGCCUCGGCGGCAGUCACGACUCCGCAAACCUACCAACCACUGAAUGCCACAGCAGCGACCACUAGCCGCACAGACAUACCAACCACCACCCACCCAUUCGCACACUGAGAAUAAGAAUUUCAUGGAUUCUAAAGACGAUGUCCCGCGGCUGUUCUUGAUCGCACCCACGCUCGAGGAGCCGCUCGUGCGAGGACCCUACAGACCCAUCCGCAUCCUCCUGCCGUGCCAGGCACCUUCGUCCCUCAACGGCGAUGAGGAGUCUGUGCACAUGACGUCCCACAACGGUUAUACCAUCAAGAAUCCAAACGACUUUUUACACAACAAUCGGGAUACUGUCAAGCUGAUGAGCACCAUCACCAGUUAUUUCGCCCGUGCCGCCGCUGUAGGUAGUCAGUAUCAGGCGGCGUUGGGCGUUGUUGGAGACCUGGCUGCCACGGCUGCAGCUUUCUACGCGGCGAACGCGGAUAACAGGACCCAUCUUAACACGGCAGGACUCGACACGGACAGUUUGUACGAGAUGCAUCUGGCGACGGAGAACCAUCAGAGAGAGGCGCUCAAGAUCCUGCUCAUGGCCGCGGCUGCAUCGGACAGGACACAAAGCAUGACAGGCGAACUGAAUGGAAUCGUGUUGAACAAUGGACGGACCAUCUGGGUGUGCAAGGAGUGCUAUGAUCAUAUGCUGAAGGGCGAAUCCAUCAUGGACAAGUACCACGUUUCACUGAGCGACUAUGAGACGCUGACGAAACGCGGACCCGAGGUCAAGGUCACUCUGCGGAGCUCGGCAUCGCUGAUCAUUUUUACAAACGCUCUUUGGAACAACCCCGAGACUCGCAACGUCACGAUCCGUAUCGUCUCUGAGUACUUUGAAACGCCUGAACGGUCCCACCGUGCCGCGCUGAGCUCCAUUCAGUCGUUGUUCAGUGAUUUGGGACAGGCGCUGGCCUCGAAACGACUCACGCAUUUAGAAAUCCACGGCAACUCUGUGUCGGGUGCAAUCUACUCUAACUUACAGUGCGUUCUCAAGUGCUCAACGCUCGAACGACUUUCCAUCCAGGGAUUCCCUCGGUUCCUGCAGGGCGCAAACCUACCAAAGGACUGCAAGCUGCUGACGAAGUUGAUGCUCGAUAACGUGCUGAUCGAUACGGAAGAGGCCGCAAAUAACUUUAGAGGAUUGAUGCACGCCAAUCCGGGAAUCAACCAUUUGCGACUGUCGCGUGCGGGGUUUACACAUGCUGCACUGAGCGUGUUGUUCCUUGUGGAGGGUACUGCGAACAAGGCGAUAUCUGUACCCAAGUUGUUCAUGAGGCUGGUCCAGCUGAGCCUGAGCGACAACAACAUGGAUCAGAUCUCGGCACUGACGUUUGUAAGAAUGGCGUUCUUGAGUGUGAAUCUGACACAUUUGGAUCUAUCCGGAAAUCCGAUGAUUGGCGAUCCCGGCUGUAGGGCGAUCAUGACAUUGUUGAAGGAGAAGAGUCGUAAGCUGGUGGAGCUCAAGACAGAGAGGACGGGGACUGAGAUGCGAACACGGAUGGAGCUUGACCAGAUUUUGUCCAAGUCAUGCUCGUAGAGCAACAUUAACUUUAUUCUUUGUAAAUAAACAUUUUUGCAUGGGCCACAAGAAAGUUCCAGGAGAUUUUAGGAAUUUGCGGAUCGGCUUAAAAGUUACAGCCUAAGCGUUUAGCUUCAGCUGCUACGAGAGGGAACACAGCAAGAUAUGCGGCCGUCCAAUUCUCGAUUCAAAAGUACAUGUGGUCGUGCCUCGUAACAUGGUUCCUAUCGUUCACAAUACAGAGGGCAUAUUUUCGUCGAAAGAUACAGCAUGCGUGUAUGCAUGCAGGGGAAGUGCUUUUGCCAUCAAUUGAGACAGAGCUGGAGGU